AUGGACGUUUUAAAAAAGGAAUUAUUGAAUGUGUAUAAUAUUGACAAUAUUUUCUAUUGGACUGAUUCAACUAUUGCAUAUUCAUGGAUUAAAAACGAUAACAAAGAUUAUAAAACCUUUGUUCAAAACCGCUUAGAGGAAAUUAGAAAACUGACUGCAUCUGGCAAAUGGUGUUUAGUACCAUCGAAAGACAACCCUGCAGAUAUAGUAUCUAGGGGUUGCUCCCCCUCUGAAUUGAAUUCUUUGUGGUUCAGUGGACCCACGUUUCUAACUUUACUUGAAACCCACUGGCCACACCUUAAACCUGGUGAUAAGUUUAUUAGUGAUGACAUGACAAAAGAAGAAGUUAGAAAAGAAGAAAAAGUUCAAACAUUAAAUAAUGAACUAAAAAAUAUUACUGUGUCUGAAAAUCUAUCUAUUAUUUCUACUGAUACUGUGUCUGAGAAUGUUUGUGAUAAUGUUAUGUCUUCUACUACUCCUGUGUCUGAUGAAGUGUAUGAUACUGUAUGUGAUGUUUCUACUGCCAAUGAAAAUGUCUCGGAUAGUGUAAACACGAAUUUCCCAAUUAUACCGGGUAUACGUAACAUAAUUGAUAUAAAAAAAUACAGUAGUUUUGAUAAAUUAGUACACGUCACAGCUUAUGUGAUGAGAUUUAUAAGUAAUGUAAAAAAGAAGAAAGAAGAUAGAAAAAAUUUUAAUUAUAAGAGGCUAUCAGCCGAAGAAAUUGGUCAUGCAAGAUUGGUAAUCAUCAAAGAUGCUCAAGAAGAUGUGAAAAGACACAAGAAAUUUAAACAUUGGGAAAAGAACCUGGAUUUAUUUGAAGACACAGAUUUUUUGCUGAGGUGCAGGGGUCGGUUAGGAAAUGCUCCUGUACCAUAUAACUCCAGGUAUCCCAUUCUGUUAGUACCAGACUCUUAUCUAACAAAAUUAAUCAUUCGACAUGUGCAUGAAUCUGUGAAGCAUUAUGGCACAAAAAUAACACUCACAGAACUUAGAAGAGAAUUUUGGAUUCCAUCUGGUAGAAAUGUUGUUAGAAAUUUUAUUCGUACAUGUCAAAAGUGCCGAAGGUACGAGACCAAACCAUAUCCUCCAUCAUUACCGAAGAGUAGAUUACAAGAUAACAUGUCAUUUGAAGUAGUUGGCAUCGACUAUGCUGGUCCUUUAUUUGUAAAAAAUGUUUUUAACGAAGAACCAGAUAUGUAUAAAGCUUGGAUAGUUCUUAUAACGUGUGCGAGUACUAGAGCUAUUCAUUUAGACUUAGCUUCGAAUUCUUCUGGACCUGAAUGUAUAGAAGUUCUGAAACGAUUUAUUGCUCGAAAAGGAGCACCGAACUUCAUUUUAUCUGACAAUGGUAAAUGUUUUAUUAGCGAAGACGUACAAAACUUUGCUGCUAGUAAAAAUAUUAAUUGGAAAUUUAAUAUUGAGUCUGCCCUUUGGCAAGGCGGAUUCUUCGAACGUUUGGUCAAAUCAGUCAAAAGACCACUGAAGAAAGUUCUGGGCAAUAGUCGCCUGAAGUAUAACGAACUUUUAACGAUACUAACUGAAAUUGAAUUUAUACUAAAUAACAGACCAUUAACGUACAUAUAUGAAGAACUUAAUGAAGAACCAUUAACACCUAAUCAUCUUAUGUAUGGAAGAAAAUUAAACACGAAAGCAGAGGAGAACAACUUAAUACCUGAAGAUCUCUCGGCUGAUAUGAGUGUCAAACGGAAAGAAAACGUAAACCGAUUACUGACACACUUUUGGAAUAGAUGGCGUGACGAAUACGUCACAGAAUUACGAGAAUUCCACAAAUUGAAGAAUAGUCGUUUCAAUAAAUGUUUAAUUCCAAACGUUGACGACGUAGUUGUUGUUGCUGAUGAUAGAAUGCCACGAUCACAAUGGCGAAUUGGUCGAAUAAAAGAAACGUUGAAGGGAAAAGAUGGAAAAAUACGUGCAGCGAUAGUACAAUGCAAAACUGAUCAAGACAGACGAUCAAAUUUACGGCGACCGAUCAAUAAAUUGAUACCGUUUGAACAGUGUAUUAUUCCAAACGAUGAAUCAACAGAACCAGCAAUACAAUUUAUUGAUGAACAAUCAGUUACACAAAACGAUCAGUUAGCUGAAUCAAAGAUAACAUUUGUUGAUGAAAAGGAUCUUGAGAUUGUAAACAUUUGA